UGAUCGCGUUUUCACCGUUUUUGUUGUUAUUUCUGUUUGUUUGCCGCGUGUUUCCGGUUUGGUUUGGCGGUCUGAUGUCUCGGUUCGGAUCACGGAGGUCGAGUUUACCCAUCACACAGAUGCAGAUCAGUCCAUGGAGGGACACACACCUGUGUCUGAAAACCCUCACGCAGAGUACGGCCUGACGGAAAACAUCCAGAGGACGGUGGAGAACGAGAAGGCGAGCGCAGAGAAGAUCUCGAAGCAGAAGGUGGACCUGCAGGCGCUGCCGACCCGAGCGUACCUGGACCAGACGGUGGUCCCCAUCCUGCUGCAGGGCCUGUCGGUGCUCGCCAAGGACAGACCUCCGAACCCCAUCGAGUACCUGGCGGCGUUCCUGCUGAAGAACAAAUCCCAGUUUGAAGAGAGGAAUUAAAGUCAUCGGAAAUCAUUUCAUACAGUAGAAACUUGUUUGUUAGUGAACUGCUACGCUGUUGUUUUUUUUUAAUCCAGAUUAAACAUGUUGAUGUGAGGAGGA